CGCACAGAGACAGAAGACACUUAUAUUAUUUGAGGUCUUCGCCACUUUCCUCCUCCCUUACCACCUCAAGAACUAUAUUACAGAGAAGGGAAAAAAAACUUUUUUUUUUCAAGAACAAGAAAUAAUUCCAAGAAAAUCUCAGAAAGAGCAUUGGAACGUGUAAGGAAGACAUAUAUUAGGGGGAAAAUGCUGGGAGGCGGCGUGGAUCUGAACAUGAAGGAGACGGAGCUGUGUCUGGGAUUGCCCGGCGGAGAGACGGCAGCUCCGGUGGCCGGAAACAAGAGAGGGUUCUCGGAGACGGUGGAUCUGAAGCUGAAUCUGAACAAUGAGCCUCACAAGGACGUAGGAUCUGCCCUGUCGGAGCAAGAUCCUUCUUCUCUUGUUUCUGUUCCCAAUGACAGUAGUUCUUGUCCCAAGCCUCCUGCCAAGGCACAGGUGGUGGGAUGGCCACCAGUGAGGACAUACAGGAAAAACAUGAUGGGGAGGACGUCGAGCGAAGGAGAGAAGGCCACUGCUAACGCAUUCGUGAAGGUUUCCAUUGACGGAGCUCCUUACCUCCGGAAAGUCGACUUGAAGACGUACUCCAGCUACGAUGACCUCUCUACUGCCCUCUCCACCAUGUUCAGCUCCUUCACCAAUACGGGAAACUAUGGAGGAGGAGGAGGAGGAGGAGAAGGGAUGAUAGAUUUCAUGAGCGAGAGGAAGUUGAUGGAUUUGCUAAACAGCUCAGAGUAUGUUCCUACCUACGAAGACAAAGAUGGCGAUUGGAUGCUUGUCGGCGACGUCCCUUGGUUGAUGUUCGUUGAAUCAUGCAAGCGUUUGCGUAUAAUGAAAGGAUCUGAAGCCAUUGGUCUCGCCCCGAGAGCAAUGGAGAAAUGCAAGAACAGAGCUUGAAAGCAUCACACCAUAUAUAUACACAUAUGUAUUAAUUAACACAUUUACAGUGUUAAUUAAUAUUUUUCGAUAUAAAAAAAGAUUGUUCAAUUUCUUCUUUAAAUGUCUGUGUUUGUUCUUGGAUUUGGUAUAUAGAUAUAGUUUAUAUUAUAUAUGUUUGUGUACUGAAUUGAAAUGAAAGAUGUGGGAUAUUUGUAACGGACAGCAAGUAAUAAACUUGAACCCUAUGUGUCUCUUGGUUUGGUUAAUAAUA